CUAUAAAUUAGGAAUUGCAAAGAGCCAUAUUGAAUAGAAUGCUCCGAGCUUCAACCCAACAUUAGAGGAAUCAAUUCUAUCGUCUCUUUCGGGCGCCUCUGAACAGGGAAGCAGAGCCUGGCUGUCUAAGCGAGGAAUUAGGCGCUAUGGAUUUGAGGUUUGGAAUUGUUUUCCUUCUUGUGGUGGGUGCUGCUUGGGAUUGUGAUGCUAGAAACCUCGAAUCAUUUGAUUCUGAGUUAAGCUACCUGAAGCAAGGGAAGGACGUUGAGGCUUUAUCUGAAGCUUCCAGCAAGCCGAAGGUAUGUGAACUUUGUGAGAGCUUGGUCAGUCAGGCAGUUGAGUAUCUUGCAGAAAACCAGACCCAGAGUGAGAUUAUUCGUAUUCUCCGACAAACCUGUGCUGUGGUGGGUUUGUUCAAGGAGGGGGUAGAGAUACUCCAGGCGCUUUUGAAUAUAUGCGACUCUUUGGGGAAACGUGCAAAAGAGUGCAAGAAACUGGUAUUUGAAUAUGGGCCUCUGAUCCUAGCCAACUCGGAGAAAAUUCUAGAACAAACAGAUAUUUGCAAAGCAAUUCAUGCUUGUCCGGGCAUAGCUGGUGGUGACAAGGCCAUAUCAUCUGUUGGAACUGUGUCUUCGCUUGCCGACGCUUGAACUCGCACACCAAACACAACGGGGGGAUCUACAUGUCAUGUCAGAACGAAAACGGGUAAGGAAGUUACUUUUUCUUUGCCCCUCUCUGUCUUCUUGUGAAUCUAAUAUGAUACAAUCUUUUCCCAUGGAUGGUCUGUGUUAUCAUGUACAUUGAUAUGUGGAUAUGUAUGAUUGGCUGUUGGCUGUUGCAAUAUUGAGUAAAGAAUCAUUCUACUUUGUUUGUGGCUGUUCA